AUGGUGAGUCCCAUUCGUCUGCAGUUUUCAGAUCCAGAGCCUGCUGCUAACAUGCGUCUGCUCAACACCAGGUCCCUCCGCGUCGAGGAGUUCUUCGACGACAGCGCGCUGCCCGACUACGCCAUCCUCUCGCACCGAUGGCAGGACGAGGAGGUCUCGCUGCAGCAGCUGCGGGACGGCCAGGCGACGGCGAUGCGUGGUUACAAGAAGCUGGCGGACAGCUGCUCGCAGGCGCGGCGUGACGGCUUCGACUACGUCUGGAUCGAUACCUGCUGCAUCGACAAGACCAGCAGCGCCGAGCUGUCCGAGGCUCUCAACUCCAUGUACCAGUGGUACCAACGGGCCAACAUCUGCUAUGCGUACCUGUUUGACGUGGACGAGACACUCGUCGCCGAGCAGUCGAGCUUCUACCGCAGCGCCUGGUUUACUCGUGGAUGGACGCUGCAGGAGCUGCUUGCACCGGCCACCGUCGAGUUCUUCAACGGCACAUGGCAGAGGCUCGGUAGCAAGCUCAAACUGAAGGAUGCGAUAUGUGAGGUGACGGGCAUCCAUCCCGGUGUGCUCACGGGCGAGCUGGAGCUGCAGUCCUUCUCCGUUGCGCAGCGCAUGUCCUGGGCUGCUCGCCGCACCACGGCCAAGGUCGAGGACCGGGCAUACAGUCUGCUGGGAAUCUUCGGCAUCAAUAUGCCCAUGCUGUACGGCGAAGGCGAGCGGGCCUUUCUGCGUCUGCAGGAGGAGAUCAUGAAGCAGUCGGACGACCACUCCCUCUUCGCCUGGAAGAGCGCUGACCCAAACCACCGCGGCCUGUUUGCAAGAUCUCCGGAAGCCUUUGCAGAGAGCGGCCAUCUCGUCCAGGCGGCCAGUAAGUGGAACAUCAAGCCCUACUCGCUGACCAACAUGGGUCUCUCGAUCGAGCUGCCCAUGGUCGAGUGGUCGAUGGGCGUAUACCUCGCCGCACUGGACUGCGAGACCGAAGGAGUGCAGAACAGCCGUGUUGGCAUCUUCCUCUCUGACCUGCCGGAGAAGAACCAGUAUGCCCGCGUUAUGCUUGACGGUGUCGAUCUCCCUCGCUUUGCAACCAGCCGCCAGAGCCAGUACCGCCACAUCUACGUGAGACAGCAGAUCCGAGGGUCUUUACGGCCGGUGGAACGCGAGUACGGCUUCUGGCUCCGUCGCAUACCCAGACCCAGCUUGUCUCUGGAUGCCACUUUCGACGUCACUGCUUGGAACAACAAGUGGACGAGACAAAACAUGGUCUUCACCAUUCCAAAGGGAGAGUGUGGAACUGCGGUUGUUAUACGGUACAAGCUCGAGAAGGGCCGGACAACCAAUAUCAAGCUGGGCUUCGAUCCCAAGUUCAAUCCUGUCUGCCAGUUCGGGGGCCAGUACUACUCGCCAAAAACCUUUGGCUCUCCGUUUCGGGACACUUUCCAGGGUAUCAUGGCGACUGACUGGAUGAAUUCUCGUCUCGAAGGAGUUCACGUUGGCGACAAGCAGACCGGCUUGAACGUCGAUGACUUUCAUCGCAUCCUUAUUCUCAAGGAGACAAUCAAGGGUAAGGAAAUGUGGGUGGUCUACAUUGCCGACUACGACGAGGAAGCCGUAUGGUAUCAAGAUCGUGUUUGUGAUGGCUGCAACUUGGUAAGCUGA